AUGCCUCGAUUAGUGGCGUGUUAUAAUAACGUCAUCUUUUAUCUCAUCAUGACUAAUGUUACAUUCACUUUCACAUGUUACGAUAUGAAUGUAUUAAUUACUACACCGCGUGAUUAUCUGAAUAGAUUGUGGCCGGGCACCUCUAAUAAGAAUUUCAGAUCUAAAGUUCCUACAAGAAGGCUUUUGAUGUCUUUGCCACUAAAAGAACGGUGCGAAACUUGGCUUCUUAAGGGUUCUCCUAUUAAUCGAUUUGAUGCUCUAAAGCACCUAGCUCUAGGUGAGUCUGGUGAAGAAGUUUUGGAAGUCCUGCAGGAAUAUGCUCGAUUAGUCUAUGGAUUGUGGGUUCCAAAAAGUUCACUGGUAUAUGUAACAGAUUCAGGAAUUGAAGUUUUAGCCAGGGACUAUGUUCUUCUUUUGUUUAGCAAGAACCCACUAGUUAACAACUCACAAAUACCUCAACUUGCUAAAUCAAUGAAAGAUGUCCUUGAUGUAUUGGCUGUUGAGAGAACCUCCUUUAGUGAUUGGAAACUCAGAGAGCUUCCUGAUCGGAGAUUCAUAAAACUCAAUCCUAUGGUUGCAAAGCAACAAGAGGAAGAAUGGGAAUCCUUGGAAAAGAAGAUAAAUGAUCUUCUUUUUGGAGGAAGAAAUGGACCUGCUACAAAGACUUCUUCAAAGUCUAAUAUCAUAAACAAUCCGGCCACGUCAAUGAUUUCCAAUAAAGUAUCUCUGAAAACUCCAAAUGGGGCAUUCUCAAGGAUGCCAAUGCCUAAAGAGACUCGAGAAGCUUUAAUGAAGGCCCUUCAGAAACUUUUCAAAAGCAUCAAGGUUUGCAGUUUUCAACAAAUUUGCCAGCGUUUGAGGGACUUGGCAGUUUCCGAGUCUGCCCGUUCGAGGAGAUUUGCCAAAGAGGCAGUUGUUGCAGCAAACAUCAUUGAUCAUCCACAAUAUGAUCCAUUCAGGAAGGUUGCCAUUGAUUAUCUUAUUGCUGAAGGACCAAAUGCAAAGCUCAAAAAGGCUCCCAUAGUCGAGGCUGCUAAGAUGGAACUUCAAAGGGAUAUACCUCAGAUUGAACAUCAGAAGGUUUUACAGGAAUUGCGUGUAUCACAAGGUUCUGCAUGGGUCCUUAAAAGUGGUGAUGGAAAUCUACAAAAGUAA